AUGACGGUGAUGGACAGCGAUAAGACCCGCGCCAUGGCUCUGAUUGGCUCAGACCUCAGACUGGUGCUGGUGGGUCAGGAGCAAGUGGGGAAGAGCUCAGCAGGAAACACCAUCCUGGGAAAGAAGAAGCUGGACAGUCGGUUCAGCUCCGUCCCUGUGACUCUGAGAUCCCAGAAGGUCGAAGGUGAUUUUGAAGGUGGCAGACUGGUGGUGAUGGACACCCCUGGCCUCUUCAGCACCCAGCUGUCUGCAGAGCAGGUGAAGGAAGAGCUGCUAAAAGCUGUGGAGCUGAGCUCUCCAGGUCCACACGUCUUCCUCCUCACCCUCCAGGUGGGCAGGUUCACCCCCCAGGAGCAGAAGGGGAUGGAAACACUGCAGAAGAUCCUGAGUCCCGAUGUCUCCAAACACACCAUGCUGCUGUUCACCUACGGAGACCGUCUGGAAGAUACCGACAUCCAGCAGUUCAUCAGGGAGGAUGCCAACCUGCUGAAACUGCUGAAGAGCUGUGGCAACCAUUACCACGUGUUCAACAACAAGAAUAUGGAGGACAGGAGCCAAGUCCAGCAGCUGCUGGAUAAAAUCCAGACAAUCUCCCAGGAUGGGAGCCUGAUCUACCAGAGAGAAGCCAAGUCAGAGGAGUUCAUUGUAACUAGGUUAUGGAAGAAGAUCAUUGGACACUGAUGGGUGUUUGCCUCAGUGUCUCUUUAAGAGGAAGAAAAAGGGUUGACAACAUCUGUACAAACAGUAGAAGGAGGUUCUAAAUGUUUCA